AGCACCCAUGGUGAGGAAAUUUUGCCCGCUAUUCAACAAAAGUUAAAGGACUUGAAGUUCAAGAUGAAGUCAUAUUUUGUUGUUGCACAACUACAUGCAAACCAUAUUCAACUCAUUCUGCACCAGGUGAGAAAUUUGGAAGAAUUUACAAUCCGAUUGUCAAAUAGAUUAUUGUCCUACUCACAAAGAGCAUAACUUUGGGAUGUACCAAGCCUAUGAAAAUAUCUUUCAAAAAUUCAAAUUAUGCGUGAUUGCACUCUUGGAGAGGAAUAAAACAAAUUUGGAAAGCAUGGAUUCCGAAGUAAAAUUAAGCACCACCAACAACGAGUGUGCAUGCAGUAUCAACAUUAGCUUUCGUAAGAUUAUUGAAGUGGGUCUAAAGUCAGUUUUAAAAAAUGUAGCAACAAUCAUUGGAUCUUCAUUGACAAACAAAGAAAUAUUUGCUAAUUACGAAACAAAUUACAUUUUUAUGUUGGGUGAUCCAUUUCAUCUAUCUUACGGCUCAUCCAUCCACACUGUAUACACCCAAGUGCUUCAAAAAGAGAUUAAUGACAGUAUUUAUUUGAAAGAAAAGGAUACGCAGGCGUUUGCGUUGAUAGAAUCAGUUUACAUGUUGCUGGACCCAUUAACACGAAUUAAGCCAUACUUGUACGAAAAGUUUUCCAAGGGUACUUUGUGCCAGGUAUCCAGUGAAACAUACGCAUUAAGACUGCCGGCCAGAUCAAAAAAGUAUAAUUCUUUCUCUCAUAUAAACCGAAGCGGCGAUGUCAAAAACACUUUACCAAGUGACAGCAGCUACUUUAUAUUUAUUCAAAGAGGGGAACCUUUCCCCUUAACUGAUAUUAAUAUAAAGGUAAACACAAACCAUGGAAGAUAUGAAGAUAACGAAAUUAUUAAAGUAAAGGACUCAGGAGAGAGUAAAUUGAAAAAGUAUACCGUUUUGGACAAAAACUCCCAAGGUUCAAUGUAUAUGAUAUUCAGUAGAGAUGGACAUCAGCCAAAUCCAAUAGUUGCAAUAGGCUGCAAGUUUGUGAACUAUAACUAUUCUCUCGAGUUAUCUGUAAGAGUAAUUGGUUACGAUAUUGACUAUAAUGAGAAAAUUUUAGAGAUUUUAUGAUUUUGGGAGAGCCGUUGACACUCGCUUACAUUUAGGAUAAGAAUGUUACUACUUCAAUAAAUAUAAUGUUUG